CCAUUAUCACUUCUUUGCUGUUACUGUGGCCUUGCAGGAUAGCUUGACAUUUUUUUAGUUUCUCAAAAGAAGAAGAAAACAGGAAUAUUGAUUGGGAGUUUAUCUACAUGUGCUGAGAAAAACCAGUAGACUCUUCGUAAACAGAUUAGAAAUGUUGGUAGGUAUGAGGUUAGCCUGCAGACUGGGGGCAUUUCUUACCCAGCAGUCCACCAGAAAGAAUAGUGACAAUGAGAUACUUUUGACAGUAGCAAGAAAAACGGUGAAGUGUUUCGGGAUUAAUUACCCAGGAGUACAGAAGACCUCCACAGAGAAGAACAUCAGCUAAUAAAGGAUGUGGGAGAGAACCACAUGCUCACGGUGCUCACAGAUGUCUCUUCUUCCCAAAUUAGUCCUGGACCCUCUUUCACACGGUUGUGAAGUUGUCUCUUGACAGCAGGGACCGUGUCUGGUUUGCUGCCCCAUCCGCAGCGUUGAGAACAGAGCGUGGCUCAGAGGAGACUUGCAGUAGAUGUUUGUGGGCUGCACGAAGGCCUAGCCACGUUCCCAGCAGACUCUGUGCCCUGCCUUUCUUCCUGACAGCACCAUGAGCCUAUUUCUGUGGACUUAACCUUCAUGUCCGUGAUUGAUGGUCGGGACCACUGUGGAUUCUACCAUUGCCCUGUGGCUGAUGUGUCACAGAACCUGCUCCCCACAGUCGGCUCCACCUCGGGACAUGCGGCUCUGCUCAGCCGGUUGCUCAGACACCAUUUGUGUUUGACUCAAGACGAUCUGAUGUUUUAUAAGGAAUUCAUUCACCAUGAUGGCGACACAGACACUGAGCAUAGACAGCUAUCCAGAUGGGCAACAAAUGCAAGUAGUCACAGAGUUAAAAACGGAGCAAGACCCCAACUGCUCUGAACCAGAUGUGGAAGGAGUGAGCCCUCCCCCCGUGGGGUCCCAGACACCAAUGGAUGCAGACAAGCAGGCCAUUUAUAGGCAUCCACUAUUUCCGUUGUUAGCGUUGUUGUUUGAAAAGUGUGAACAGUCUACACAGGGCUCAGAGGGCACGACUUCUGCCAGCUUCGACGUGGACAUCGAGAACUUCGUGAGGAAGCAGGAGAAGGAGGGGAAGCCCUUCUUCUGUGAGGAUCCAGAAACCGACAACUUGAUGGUAAAAGCCAUCCAGGUUCUGCGUAUUCAUCUUCUUGAGCUGGAAAAGGUUAAUGAACUGUGCAAAGAUUUCUGCAGUCGCUAUAUUGCUUGUCUAAAAACGAAGAUGAACAGCGAGACUCUCCUGAGUGGGGAACCUGGCAGCCCAUACUCCCCUGUCCAAUCCCAGCAGAUUCAGAGUGCCAUCACAGGCACUCUCAGCCCCCAAGGCAUCGUGGUGCCAGCAUCCGCUUUGCAGCAGGGGAAUGUCACCAUGGCAACAGUGGCAGGGGGUACAGUCUAUCAGCCUGUCACAGUUGUCACUCCCCAAGGCCAAGUGGUGACACAGGCGUUGUCGCCUGGCACCAUUCGGAUCCAGAACUCCCAGCUUCAGUUACAGUUAAACCAAGAUCUCAGCAUCUUGCAUCAAGAUGACGGCUCAUCUAAGAACAAGAGAGGGGUCCUGCCGAAGCACGCCACCAACGUGAUGCGGUCCUGGCUCUUUCAGCACAUCGGGCAUCCGUACCCGACGGAAGAUGAGAAAAAACAGAUUGCUGCUCAGACAAACUUGACACUACUCCAAGUUAACAACUGGUUCAUCAACGCGAGAAGACGAAUCCUACAGCCAAUGUUGGAUUCUAGUUGCUCAGAAACUCCAAAAACAAAGAAAAAAACUGCUCAGAACAGACCCGUCCAGAGGUUUUGGCCCGACUCCAUCGCCUCGGGAGCAGCACAGCCAGCUGCCAGUGAGCUGACUGUGUCUGAAGGAGCCGUCGUGACCAUCACCGCGCCCGUGAGCAUGAACGUGGACAGCCUGCAGUCCCUGUCGUCGGACGGGGCCACGCUGGCGGUGCAGCAGGUGAUGAUGGCCGAGCAGAGCGAGGACGACUCAGUGGACAGCACGGGGGAUGGCGGGGCGGCGCUGGCGCCCGGCCACCUGGGCGGGCUGGUCCUGGAGAACAGCGACUCCCUGCAGUAGGCCCGCCGCCCGGCCCCACUUUUUAUAGUUUGCACAGCAAACAUUUUACACAGUUUUAUUUCUAAUAUGUUUUAUAUGUAGGCAUAGAAGAGUGCACUUUUGUAUUUCAUAGUAAGCUUCCAGGGCGUCUUUGCCGGUGCAGCGACUUCUUCUUUCAAGGUGUGUGUGUGCGUGUGCGUGUGUGUGCGUGUGUGUGUGUGUGCGUGUGUGUGUGUGUUUUUAAGGAGAUUCUUUAAAGGUUUAACGCUAAAAAUGUGAUGAAUGACAAACACCUCCCCUCUGCCCCAUGAGCCCCUAAUUAGAUUAAGGACUAGUGCUGCCAUUUUCUGAACAAUUAUGCAGUUUUAAUUUCGUUCUGUGGUUAAGGCAGGUCUCAGGGGGCUGGUUUACUUGUCAGCCCCGGGAUUAGGAAGAAGCCUCUGCACCUGGAGACCGCCCGUGCGAGGCGGACGACAGCACAAUAAACCGCGUGUGACCUGUGGUGAAUGUUUGGCGACUCAAAUGUGGUUCCGUUCUCAUGUUCCGUGAGCCUGUGUCCUUUGCUAUAUAUGAAAAGAAACUCCUAUUUUUACCUUGCUGGAAUUAUUGGAUAAAAAGCUAUUUUUAUAAAUUCCUUAUGAAUUGGAUUAUGACUAUGUCAAGGGUAAAUUCUAGAGGAGAAACAGUACACGCUUAUUGACUAGCUCAAUUUGGAAUGUUCUGAAUUGGCCAAAUUUGAUGAACCUGCCCCCAGUUAGCUAGCAGUCUGGUUCUCUGCUCUCCCAGGGUAGUAAUUCACAUUUUCUACUAUAAAAGAAACAUCUAUUUAAUGAAAUUUUGAUAUCUUCAAAUUUUAGUCAAUAUAUUGCUUAGAUUGCAAUUUACACUUGAUCUAAAUGUUCAUCUCAAGGUAUUUACUCAGUAGGGCUUAGGUAAGUUAAGAAGUGGUAGCCAGUGGUCAGUUUAAAGCUUUUGCUGACUAUUUCCGUCUAAUUUAAGUUUGACCACGGUUAAGUGGUGAUGUGCCAUGUUAGCUGGGCGUUGUCUUAGGAGCUUUUGGUCAGCGUAUGUUAUGCAUAGAACGUGUGUUAUAUACUACUACCAAGCGUCCAUCCUGUUGGCUCAGGGCAGGCAAAGAGCAGACCCUCGGCUUUGUUACACGGUUAGUGCGUGUCCACUGCAGGACGGACAGGAACCAGCAGGGCCUGGAGGUGGGGCGGCGGCUCGUCAUCACUCGGUCGGUGGUUCUUCCCCUGACUUGAUCACAUCACGUCUGGAUAACGGUGGGACUUUGGCUCCUGGUGACCAGACGGACCACAGAGCAGACUGGGUUUGUUUCCCUGGGUUUGGAUUUGCAUCCGCCUGUUUCCUUUCAAGUGAGGCUUUUUCUCAGCGAGGAAACAGGACCUGGUUUCACAGAAGAUGUCUCUGCGUCACCAUCAGUGGGACACCUGAAGCCCUGAAGGACAGUCUAAUGGUCGUCAGUUCCUGAAAAGCAGCAACAGUGAUUGGUUGUGGACCAAGGCUACCCAGGGGUGUUUUGAGCAAGUGCAGAAUUUUUUUCUGGAACUGACUUUUUCUUCCCAAAUUAUUAAUAAUUAAAGUUAGUCAUAGGAGAGUACUUCCUGGAUAACUUAGAAGGAAGCAAGAAAUACAGAGGAAUUUCUUUUAAAAUAUUUCAAGAGAUUUAAAAGAAAAACUUGACUCUCUUUUGGGGGAGAAAAUAACAUUUUAAAGCAGCUAUUGUGUUCCUUUUAAACAAUUUUAUAUAUUUUAAGUCACAUCUUUUAAACUAUACCAGUUUGAAAGAUUGUUUUAAGUCCAACAAAGUUAGGAUUUAAGACGAGACGCUGUGGAAGCUGGCCAGCCACCUCCUCCCUCCCUCACCUCCCUCCGUCCCUCUGACCUCAGGUUCAGGUUGGUGACCACCACCUGUGGUCACUCCAGGUCAGUUUCCCCAAGCAGAAAUCCUGUUCCCUGGAGCCGGGGACAUGGGGCCACAUCAGGGCCGUGUUGGGGUCCGGCAGUCGGUGCCUGGGGUCGCAGUCCCUGCUCCCUGCAGCUGAAGUCUGCAUCCUGGUCCCUAUAUUCAGAGGACUAGGAUAAAGAUCAUUCGAGAAUGGGCUCCAUGCAUGCACCUGGGCUCCAUGCUGCUCUUCUCAUGAGUAACUAAUGGGAUCUUAACCCAACAGGCAGACUAUUUUGGUUCAUAAGCCACUGUCUGGGGCAUUGGUAGUUAGCUGGCACCUAAUAAAGACCCAUUUCCCAGCCCCUGGGGUUUUUAGAGCAUUUGAGAGAGCACAACCCUGCUGAGCUCUCAUCUUAAAGGAAUUUGCUCUUGUUAAAUUCCUUUCCCUGAAGGAUGGUUUUGACUGUGUCUUGCAACCCAGGUUGAGAGUGUCGUGUUACCUGCUGCUCAGCUCUUGAGCGGGUAGCAGAUGGCUGGGCCAUGUCUAGCCACACUCCAGCUGCCGCAGUAACACAGCUUUCAUGUUCUGAUUCCAGAAAUAAAGCAGUCCAGCGUGCAACCUAAGGUGGGCCACGGCCCCAGCUCGCUCAAAGACCACAGGGCCCUGAUGCUGGAGCCACUGUGGCCUGGGUCCCAGGGUCUUCUCCACAUAACCUGCCCACGACCUGACCUGACUCUUACCAGGGUGAGAAAGUGGGGGAGCACCUUUUCUUUCAGACAAGCUCAGACAUCCUGGGAAGGUGAGAACAGCCCGCCUCUGGUAGUUAGGGACAGGAAAAAACCCCUGCCACCCUCCCCUAAUUUAGUUCUGUCUGGUCUGUGAACUGACAAUCUUUAAAUGUGAAUGCUGUAACAAUGUUUUCUUGGAUUGUUGUCUUUGAAAGGGAUUUUUGUGAAGCAACUGAUUUAUCAAAGCAAAAAAAUUAAAAACAGAAACAUG